AGUUCCCCUACACAUUCUAUUUAGAACGCACUCUGUCACGUGACAUCCUCUACAGAUAAAAGUCUUCAUUUAUAUCUGAGCUUUCUACAGGACACACAGGCAUCUAUCCUAACAAUGGACGACUCUCUGCAGUCUCUAAUAGACAAAGCGACCAACCCUCGGAACAAGUAUGAGGACUGGGAGUUCAUCAUGUCCUUCUGUGACAAGGUCAACAUAGAACUUCAGGGCCCCCAGGUGGCGCUACAGCUGAUUGUACCCAAGAUGAGAGACACCAAUGAGAAGGUGGCUCUUCUCACUCUGACCCUGCUGGAGGCUUGUGUCAAGAACUGUGGCCAGAGGUUUCAUCAGGAGAUGGGCAAGUUCCGGUUCCUCAACGAGCUCAUACGAAUGAUCUCCCCUAAGUACCUUGGUGAUGUGACAGCACCUAUGAUCAAGGACAAGAUAAAGGGCCUCAUCUUCAGCUGGAAACUGGGGCUCCCCAACGAGCCAAAGAUUCACGAAGCAUACGAAAUGCUUAAGAGAGAAGGUUUGGUAUUCGACGAGUCUGUUGGCCUGGACCCCACCCUGGAGCAGGCCCAGGCCAAACCCAAGAUCUCACUCAGGGAGGACCCUAAACAAGCUCAGAUGCUCCAGAAACUGCUCGCCAGCCGGAACCCUGAUGAUCUACGAGCGGCUAACCGUCUGAUUCGUGAUAUGGUACGAAGAGACGACAAGAGGAUGCAGAGGCUACAGAAGAGACUGGAGGAGUUGGAGCUGAUCCAGAACAACAUCAAACUACUCACUGAGCUAUUGGCGCACUACUCCUCUCAGUCAGGGGAGCACGAGAAGUCUCUCAUUAAGGAGUUGUACCGUUCUCUAGACAAAAUGCGGCCUAACCUGAUGCGUAUGGCCAGCGACCUCAAGAACAACGAGGAAGGAAUGGCCGACAUAUUAGCUGCCAAUGAGGGCCUGCUCAGAGUAACAGACACUUACAAACGAAUCUUUGAAUCAUCUGAUCAGGCUGCUACAAAUGGUAUGACUGAGACGGCGUCAGGUGCCACAAGUGCCCCGGCCCCGAGCACUGAAGGGGUGAAUUCAACGGCCAGCGGAGGAGUUAAUUCAACAUCAGGAGCUGGAGAUUCGGGUGGUGAUGUACUGAUUGAUCUGGCGGGAUUAGACUUUGGACCACCCCCCACUCCUGUCAUAGGGGGAGCGACCCAGGACGCCAACUUGAGCUCACUUAUUGACGACUUUGGACUUUUAGACCUUCCUCCCAUUGGAACAUCUCAGGCAUUGCCUAGCAACCCACCAUCGCGGCCCAACCCCGCUCCCAUGCCUAAUCUCACAGGACCAGGUAAUUCUUACUCUUCAUCGCAGCCUUCACUUUUAGGGUCCUUUGCUCCACCCACUUUUGCCCCGGCAUCUCAAACCACACCCAUUGUCCCUCUAUUGAACCCUCCUCCUGGCGGGUUUCCGCCAGGCCUCACAUCCUUCCCACCAACGUUUACCUCACAAGCUACGCCCCCACAACAGAGGAUACCGCCCACACAACCGACCCCCCCACAGCUGAGGGCACCUACACAGCCGGUGCAGGCCACGCCUCCUCAAUCAACCUCCGACCCGUUUGCUGGCCUCGGUCUAUUGUCUACACCUGUGGACCCACUGGCUGUGCUGGAUAACACUUUUGUGCCUAUGGAGACUAUUCAGACUGGAACCCUGCCCCCACUGCAAAUUCUGAACAAAGACAACAUGAAUGUUUCCUUCCAUUUCGCCAAAAACUCUCCCUCGCCAGGUGUUUCAGUGAUUAUCAUAUCUGUGCUGAGCACAAGCCCGUUUCCCCUUUCCAACUUCCAGUUCCAAGCUGCAGUGCCUAAGGUAAUGCGUGUGAAGCUACAGCCUCCCUCAGGCACUAGUCUGAAUGCAUUCAACCCUAUCCAACCCCCGAGUACUAUCUCUCAGAUCAUGCUCCUUGCCAACCCCAGCAAGGUGAAGGUGCGUAUGAAGUUCCGUGUGAGUUACAACAGGGGAGGACAAGAGGUGGUAGAGAUGGGGGACAUCACUGACUUUCCUGAUAACUCUUGAACUGUAGGUACAUUUCAUGGAUUUUUAUUAGUCUUGUUUGAGCGUCUUGUUUGUGGCUUCAAUAUUCCUUUUAGGCAUAAUAUUAUGUUGUUUAGUUUUUGUUAAUCUAACAAUAAGGUUGAUGAUGUGUCA